UUCGAUGGAGCGAGUUAGUUGCAACCGUGUCCUUUUGCCGAACGGAGGAUGAAAAUUUGUCGCGAUCGGGUCCGUGUUCGCGUUGCGGUAGUGUUUUGAAUUUUGCCCCAUACAACUAUCAGGUUGAAUUUGGCUUGGGAAAUCCGAAGUGGUGGAAAAUUGUUCUGAAUUGUUGAUAAAGUGCGGGAUAUUUCCUGGAAUUUGUGAAGCUUCUUGGAUGGAAAAUUGAAUGUUGUCAUGACCGUGAUAUCGAACAUCGACAGUGUGACAGUUUUGAUGAUCCUGGAUGGGUAAACUUGUGCAUAUUCUUCUACGUGAAUAGGGAGAAAUUAAAGAAAGGAGCAUCCCGCACAGUGAAAAGUUAUCCUUGCUGAAUGGGAGUUCUGGGUGGAAAAUUCAAGCUUUGACUUGAGCUGUGCAAACUGUGAGCAAAGUACGUGAAAAUUUGAGAAGAUUUUCGCAGAAUCAGCUGGUGAAGGCAAAUCGUUCAAAUUUAGAUGAACACCAACCGCAGAAGCAACAGAAAAAUAACAACCACCAGCUUCCCAGUGAAAGGAAAGCUUUCAUUCCAAAGUGCCGCCGUCGCACCUUCCGGGUUUUGUCACCACACUAGCUGGACACUGAAUAGAAACAUCUCUCGUUUGUCGUCCAAAAGACAAAUCCAAGCACCAGCUGCCCUGCCCUCCCCCGGAACCAAUCUUGUCAGAAUUGUGCGAAUAUUUUUCUUUGAAUAGAAGUGUGCGAGGAUUUUCUUCUUUCCCGGAGAGCUUCCGGUCGAGGCGGGAGGGGUGGUGAUGAGGCGCGGAGUGGCAGCAGUCAAGCAUGAGUGGGAAAAGUCUUCUCUCUACUAUAAUAACAUGGAAAACAUUUUGAUGAUCUGACUUCAAAAAACGAAGGAAAGUUUUUCCUAAGACACUCACACAAAGGAGACAGUUGUCGCUUUCUUUCGAAACGUGUAUCUUUGGGUGAAACUACGCAGAAGAAGUCAAAGAAAGCUGUCCCGAAGAAGAGGAGGAAUAGAGACACAUUUGGGACCGAAAGGCCGAAAUAGCACCACACCGGAAACGGGCUCAAGUCUUAUUGUCGUGUCUUCAUCUGUGGCAGAGGAGGAAAAAACAGUAAAGCCCAAAAGCCUGUGGAAUUUCAGAGUAGAAGAUUAGGUCGGAGCGAAAUAUUUUUAUUUCUUUGGGGGCCAAAUAUCGGAAGAACGAAGGCAUUUCGGGAGAGGAGCUUCCGGUCCGGGUGAUGGAGACGUGGCACAAAAUGUUGACCCAUGAUAAUGAUGGCGGUCGGGCAUAGUGGAGGAAGGCCGACUUUGGAAUGUCGAGAGUGGCGAAAAAUUUUCAUAAAUAGUUUACUUCGGUCGUCGUCGAGCGGAAUUAAAAAACUGCGAGGGAUUUUCCGGUUCGGGUGCUCGGAAUUGGAAUCGCGGCGAAGAGCGUGAAAAAUAAAGCAAAAUUAAAUUUGGUGUACGAGUUUGAAGUUAAUUGAGUGUUACAUCGUCGCAGUAGGGUGGUCCUGGUCGCCUUACACACACAUACGCGGAUAAGACAAGGAAAAACGAGGGUGUUUGUGUUGGGGGAGGGAAAAGUUGUCGGUAUUAAAUCGACGGAAGCAGUUUCUGUGUAUAAUAGAGUGAAACAAUGCACCUAAACGAGAAGCAGCUCCGUGCAUGAUAUGUCGGACCGGGCGCAGUGUACAGAGGGAAAAACGCUUUUGGUGAGCAGAUAUUAGCACCGGAAAGUUUUGCAUUCGUUUGAGUUUCUGCCCGUGUGAUAUGAGCUGCUCCCUCGAGGAGAGCUACUGUCGACUACAGCUUCUACUUUUGCGACGCAUCUAGCAAUGGCUCAGCAGCGCAACAAAAACAGCAUGGAUUAUAUAAGCCUCAGUUGCUGUUCGCUGGCGUUCGUCCUGUACGUCAAUACACUCAGCGCUGGAUUCGUUUACGAUGACAGACGGGCCAUUCUCGGAAAUCCGGACGUUCUCGGUUCGAACGGCUGGUACCAGAUGCUGCAGAACGACUUCUGGGGUACACCGCUGACCGAUUCCGGCUCGCACGGUUCCUACCGUCCGCUGUGUGUGGCCAGCUUCAAAAUCAACUACCUGCUCGACGGUUUCAAACCGCUGGGGUAUCAUCUGGUCAACGUGCUGCUGCACUGCAUGGCCACGGCGCUGGUAGUUCGACUGGCGCGACACAUUCUCCCCUCGCGGUACGGAGUGGCCAUCGCCGGGCUGCUCUUUGCGGCACAUCCGAUCCACACGGAAGCUGUGGCCGGGGUGGUUGGCCGGGCGGAUCUGACCGCGUGUGUCUUCUACCUGCUGGCCCUGCUCGCCUACAUUCGGCACAUCCACUGGAGGCAAUGCUGCGAUCUGCGGCACUGGCUGGCACUGGGGCUUACCAUUCUGCUGGCGGCGGCCGCUGUCCUAUGCAAAGAAACUGCCGUGACAGCUUUAGUGGUUUGUGCAAUUUAUGAUAUCAUAAAAGGAUACGCCGGUUCCAGAGAUAAGCUCCGCUUCCGCAGCGUAGGGAUCCUAGCUCUGGCCCUAGGAUCCAUCAUGCACACCCGCCUCUCGCUACCGCAGCCAACAGUGCUGUUCUCGACGGCGGACAAUCCCACGGCGAAAAUCGGGUCCCGCUGGACACGGUUUCUUACGUUCGCCUAUCUGCCAGUGUUCAAUUUCCGGCUGCUACUCUAUCCGGACGUGCUCAGCUUCGACUGGGGCAUGGAUGCAAUCCCCCGGAUCAGCACUCUAUUCGACGGAAAGAACGUGCUGUCCGCUGCGUUCUACGGCGGUCUUGCCGUGGCCCUGUGGAUCAACGUGCAAACACUGCUCCGUCAAAGUGUACCCAAUGUAAAUAGUAGCUUCAGUAGAAAACUAGCUAGUAAACUGGUGAUGGCCCGGUCCAAUGGCGGUCCCGAAGAGCAGCAGCGCAUCGAUGAUUCGUGUAGAUACUGCAAGCACGAAUUCGGGAUGCACCACUCCAACCAGUGCCGGGCCAUGCAUAACAACAACAGUAUGUCUUCGAUCAUUUGCGGAUGCGUGUAUCCGUCGUGUAAAUAUUUAUCACUAUCGCCUUCAUCUUUGACCAGCUAUCUCCAUCGAAUGGACGACCAAAAGCUCACGGCACCCGCAGCCACUGGCAGUGGCUAUUGGGCGCACAAAAAGCAGCACUGCUGGAACAGAGAUAAACACGCGGCCGCCAAUGGAUUUAGCAGCGACCAUCUCCCGUUCAGCAUAUCUCGAACAUCGUCGUCCUCAUCCUCCUCGUCAUCAUCCUCAUUGUCAUCUUCCUCGUCGUCGUCCUCCUCCUCCACGACCUCCUCAGCAUCAUCAGUGUCCUCGCUAUCCUAUGACGAUGCGACUGCCAAAUUCAAUUCCUCAGCAGCGAUCCUAAUCUCCACUUCCCUGCUAAUCCUUCCCUUUCUCCCAGCCACCAACGUCCUGUUCUACGUGGGGUUUGUAGUGGCCGAGCGAAUUCUAUAUCUCCCCAGUGUUGGCUACUGCCUGCUGAUUGGUUUGGGAGUGAGUAAACUUAUCGACGGUAAACCUCAACCCUCGGUCGGUCCAAGCUCCCGUCGCAGUGGUAAUAGUGGUGGCUUACGAGCGAAGAGCAGCAAAAGUUUCAACGGUGAUGGUGAUAGAUAUAAGUACCGUGCCAAUGGCAGCAGCACAGGUCAAAGUGCGAAACAUCAUAAAAGUCAUUCCUCCAAUCCCACCGCUUCUAUGGGCAUCAGUGGUGGUAGCAGUACCACAAGCGCCUCGGCGGUCUAUGCUGCUGCGAGGAAAAGGGCCAAUAAUGGCAACUGCAACGGGGGUGGUUUAGUGGAAGCAAGAAGAACCCCAUCGGGGGGUGUUGGGAGAAUCCGUAGUGGUGGAAAUAGCAGCAGCAGUAGUAGUAGAAGUGGUAGUAGUGGUGGUAGUGGUGAUUAUCAACAGCGUAAGCGACAAAUCAUUCUGGGGUGCUUCGGUGCGCUGCUGCUGGUGUACAGUGGGAAAACUUUGCUGCGCAAUCUGGACUGGCAGGACGAGGAGAGUCUGUUCCGGAGUGCGAUCAGCGUCAACCCACCGAAAGCACUCGGAAAUCUUGGAAGUGUCCUUAGCGCGCAAGGUCGCCAUCAGGAAGCCAAGGAGGCACUGAAGCAGCCCUCAGCUACCGCCCCAACAUGGCGAUGUACAUUACAAUCUGUGAGUAUUAAACUUUAA